AUACCCAAACUAACAUCUAUUAAUUCUAUUAGUUCAAUAACUGCGAAAAAUCUUAAUACGAUUAUUUCAUUCUUAUAUAUGGUACAUAAAUUCAGUGUGGUGUUCUGUUGUUUCUUUUUCUGUUUAUUUAUGGUGUAAACCUAUCUAAAAAAGGAGUGAAUUUUAUUGUACUUUGAAUCCAAUAUAGAUAUUGUUUGUGAAAAUGGCAAGUGCAAAUGUGAAUGAGAAAUCGAAUCUGCGAAGAAGAAGCUGCUGCGUUUCUGGCUGUAAAUCUGUGGACAGUAAAAGGCAUAGAUUUCCUGGUUUCACUAACAGGCUCGAUAUGUUUAAUAUUUGGCUUCAAAUUCUGAAGCCGCCAAACCAUGAAAAUCUAACUAAUAAACAAAUCUAUUUGAAAUAUUAUGUGUGCGAAAACCAUUUUACUCCUGAUUCAUUCAUACCCAAUUCAAGGAGGGGCCUUAGAGCAGACGCCAUACCAUCAAUUAACCUCCCAGGCCUAAUACAAGAAGAGCCACCCCAAAAUAAUAUCAUAAAAGAUGAAUCUAUGGAAACUAUUGAAAUUAUUGACUCUUUUUCAGUGAAUGAAAUCAAACCAGAUGUUAUUGAUAUUUCAGAUACUGAUGGAGAUAAGGAAACUGCCUUACCUCAAACCGAGUCCACUAUCAUAGAACCACGCUUAUCUCCCCAAACGUCAAAAUAUGAUGAUAGCAUAAUUUGUAUAGAUGACACCAUUGAAGAUGGUGAAGUGAAUGAAACUAUGCAGGAAGAAGAAUCCGAUUUUAACUCUCCAAUAGUCACAAUUAAAUUCAAGAAUAAAUCAAUUGCUGAUACCUAUAAGAUUAAAUUUAUGAAAUUGUUUCAAAGUUUUGUGGAACUUAUUACUAAAAAUGUUGAUGACGUAACCAUAAAUAUAUUUAGAGAUGAAAAUAUAAAUCCAAAGGAGUGGGUAGUUUUGGAUCAUACUGUUUGUGUACCUAAUGAGGAGGAAGAUCUUGCAAAACAGCUUCCACCAACACCUCUUAAACCCGAUAGUCCAAAGAAGAAGAAAAAGAAAAAGAAACCGGUAGCAGCAGAACCUGAAUUAUUCGUCGUGGACACAAAUCCAGAGACGGACAACAGGAUUCGUUCCUAUCAAACUAAAUAUUCCACAAAGUUCUCAAUUACUGAGGAACAAAAAUCUAGUGAGACAAAUUCGUUAAAGCCAACGUCCGGAUCGGUUUGUUUUAAUUGUGAAAGUGAACAUUCCUUAAAAGAUUGCCCUCAUCCUAAGGAUUUCGCUAAGAUUAACGCUAAUAGGCAAAAGCAUCAGAAUAAGGCUAAAUCGUCGAGGUACCAUAAAGAAGAUGAUCAAAAAUACGCCCAUCUCCAACCAGGCAAGAUAUCAGCGGCUCUCCGUAAAGCCUUAAUGUUAAAAAAGAACCAAAUUCCGAGUUUCGUGUAUCAGAUGAGAAGAUUGGGCUAUCCACCUGGCUGGCUAGAGGAAGCGAAAUACGUGACUUCAGAGCUGUCUAUGUUUGAUAUCGAUGGAAAUAAUGUGAAAAAUCCUAAUGCCAGAAAGCAUAAGGGCUUGGAUCCUGAAAAAGUGGUAGAGUUUCCUGGUUUUAAUGCGCCUUUGUCCAAAGAGUUUAAAGAUGAACAUAAAUAUUACCGAGUGCCACCAUACAGCAACGAUUUUAGCAAAGAAAAUAUGAUUGAAGUGUUUAAGAAAAUAGCAGAUCGAGAAGAGGACGACUUACAAACUCAGGAUAUGGAGAUUGCUAAUGACGAUUCUAUUGAAGAUACCAGCUCACAGGAAGAAUCGCAAGACAAAACAACAGAUUCUGACUCAAACGCUCCUCCAUCUUUGUCACUAUUAGAACUGGAAAAGCAAAAAAAUAAGUUGCUUGAAGAAAUCCAAAAGUCAAGUGAAACGUUGCCCUGGGACCAGGGUUCCAGUGACACUACUAACCCUCCUAGCGUCGAAAGUACAAAAGCCGAGGAAAACCGUGACGUGGCACAAGAUAAAAAAGAAGAAACGGAUAUUAAAUCCGUUUGCGGUAUUUCACAGGACGUUAAAAACGAUUCUCCUCCCACGUCACAGAAUUCGGUAAAACACAGCACAUUUGGCACCCCUAUUUUAAAAAGUGCCUCGCCUUACGUCACACUUCCGAAUCCGGACAAUUUUAUGGUUGGGGUAAGUCCGGUAAUUGACUUUGAAAAUUUACCAAACUCGACCGGAAAGUACGAACAGAUGACGGGGGUACUGCAGAAAGUUCGUAAUACGUUAAAGGGAUUACAAAAACCAAAAACGUAACAUCAGGAAACAAAUAAGGAUGUUGAUUUUAAUUCAUGCCAUGUAGAAAUAUUUUAAAAAGGUGUAAAAUAUCAGCAAGUUCGCAUAAAUUUUAUACAAUUAAUAAUGUAUAGAUUCAUAUAUUUUUGUCUGUAAUAUAAUACGGAUAUUGUACAUACACAUAUUGAAAUUUAAGAUAUUAAAAGUCACUACAAUUUA